UGUUACCGCGGUGUUUACGGGCUAAGUGGAUUUAGGGUUCAUCAGAGCAUAACAGAGCAAGGGAGAGCUUUUGUUUGGUUUCAGCAAGUAAAAGAACCAAUCUUGUUGAAGAAAUUUUGGUAGAUUUUUCAGUUUCGAAUCCGUUCUAAAUCAAAAUCUUCAAGAGAAAUGGCGUUGGGGAAAUUCGGCGGUUCUAGUGCGAAGAAGAGUAGCUUUAAUCCUUCGAAUGUGGAUACAAUAGAGGAAGAAUUAGGAUUUGUUUAUUAUACACGAGCAAUGGGGAGGAAAAGAAUUAUUGUUUCAAACUGUGUGGAUACUCUUCCUCAUAGUUCUCAAUUCAGAACUCCAUCAAAAAGGCGUCAGAUUAUGACAAGGAACAGGGAAAGUGACAGUGACGAGUCUCUUCUUCAAGCCUUGCCUCAGGACAUUCUGGUCCGUGUAUUAUGCUUCGUAGAUCAUGACGAUCUGAAGCAGCUUAUUCAAGUAUCUAAGUUAAUCAAAGAUGCGACUUUGAUAGCAAAGCAAUAUCACUUCGCGUACAGUACACCACGGGCGAAGAAGAUUACUGGUUUAAGGACUUUGAGCAGUGAUUUCGAACUCGAAAGCCCUGAAGCACCGAAUGCUCCUAGGCAGAAAAGGUGUCCCAAGUCUCGAAUCAGUGGGAAAAAGCUCUCUGACAUCAGUGUAGCUUUGUUCAAUUCGCCUGAGGAUGAGCUUUGGUCGAAAUGCAUUAGUCAUUGAAUGGCUUUGGUGUUUAGAGAUUGUAAAUACAUUUUGUUGUUGUAGUUUUAGAUCUCCAAUGGUGGUGAUCGGAUCCCAUAUAUAGUCUGUGUAAGUAGGA